CACAUAGUGACGAUCCCCUUCCUCAGACUGCCGUACGCUUAACCAAUCAGCGCACUCAUUAAUUCGCACUACAGACGAGCAAAGCGGUGAUUAUCCACGCAGCUAUUGGAUAAUUAACAAUGUGCUGUCAAUUAUGUUCAAAGUGGUCAGCAGGGUUUUAGAAUUUACUACAAAGGAGAGAGCAGUGGCGUUUGCGAAUGAACGGUUUAUAAGGUGAGGAAAGUACAACCGGCUGUGAGAGGAAAGACGAAGCACUCGAGGUAGGAGUCAAGUGACUCGCGAGUCAAGAGAAGUGCACUUUACGCCGACAAAAGUCCUCAAGUUUCCGCUGACAGCAACCAGGGUAUUUACAAGUGGGAAAGGGUAUUUACAAGAUUGGAUUCUGAGAAAAAAAUGCCGAGGUCAUUUCUUCUUAAGCGUUUUCUUUUAAAGGAGCCUUCUAGCGCGAAAUGCCCUGCAAUAGAAAGCGGAGAAGGCAUUUUUAAUUAUGCUGGUGCAAAAGAUGCAAGGGAGCCAUCUGAAGCGGACCAAGCAAUGGAAAUACGACAGGAAUAUUAUGCUGCGGUAGAGCAUCUACCAAAUAUUCCGUGGAGUGCUCUGCAUGCUAAGCUACCAGAUGAAUACCGCCAUCAACAAGGCCAUCACUUGCAAAACCUCGAACCAGCCUUGAAGUUCACCUCAAACAUCCAGAAACCAAACAAUCAAACGCCAGCUGCGAAUAUUGGAUUCGACUCCAAAAAACAACAGGCUUCUAGGAAGGCUUCCCCAGCUAACAUUAGUCAGAAAAGGGAGACUUACCAAUGCGAUCAAUGCGGCAAAGUGUUUAAAACUAAAUACACUUUGACUAUCCACCUAAAGAUGCCUUCUCAUACCGGUGCCCGGCCAUUUGUCUGCGCUAUAUGCGGCAAGGGCUUUCGCCUAUCCAGCACAUUGUGUCGACACAAGAUCAUCCACACCAGCCACAAGCCACAUCAGUGCACUACUUGUGGUAAGGCCUUCAACCGUUCCUCCACCCUCAAGACGCACCAGCGAACACACAGCACCGUCAAAGAAUUCGUCUGCCAUAUAUGCGAAAAAGGCUUCCAUCAAAAAGGCAAUUUGCGAAACCAUCUUCUCAUCCACACCGGUGAAAAACCAUACAAAUGUACCGUCUGCAAGAAAGCCUUCAACAAACUUUCCAAUCUCAAGUUCCACAGUCAUGUCCACACAGAUAAUCGACCCUACCGGUGCCGAUACUGUAAAGUCGCGUUUUCACGAAGGUGUGACUUGAAACUUCAUCUGAACACUUGUAAUCUACAACACUGAACACAAUUCUUCGCCCAAUUAAUUGGACAAAACAAUUGCACAAAUAACCCAAAUUAUUAGAUAAGAAGCCAGAUAAGAAGCUGUAGAUAGAAUAAAAUGAUCAUGUAGCAUAUUGUAACAUUGAUUGUAACUUUGUAGAGUUUGUGAAAAAAUGCACUGAAAUAAAGCGUGGAUGAAAUGUUA